AAUCAACGAACAGAGGGCGGGCUGAGAGCCGUGACGUAGACGCUUAGCGCCGAAUGUACGGUUGUAGUUUGUAGUGGACAUGGAGGCACAGAAAGCUAUUUGCUCUGUUGUGGAGAACCGGCACUUGCCAACUUAAGCCUGAACAAGAAAAGUGUUUGUUAAACAUUUUGAAUGGAGAUUAUGUUGUUGCCCUACUCCCGACAGGUUUUGGGAAAAGUUUAAUUUAUCAACUAUUACCGAUCUUCAGCGAGAAACUGUGUGCAGCACAGCUUGACGUGCACAACGAUCGAGAAAUCAUGGAAGGGAAUUUCAUUGUUCACAGUUAAUGGUGGAGGACGCAUGGGCAAACAUUCUUUGGUGACGUUCCUGAUUAACCAAAAAAAAGGUAGGAAGAUUUAAUUUACAUAUGGUUAUGGCUGUCUGGUGGAAGAGUUUGAGAGGAGAGAUGGGCAUUCCUCCACUUAGAUGUGAGUGGAAAGACACCGUAAGGAUAGUGUUCAACUAGCUCUGGCCCGAUUUACUUUACAUAAUCUGCAGAAGUCGUUCAUAGCCAUGUUAACUCCGGUAUUUCGCUCGAUGGGUUUGUUUUCACAUCAUACGUGUGUUUUACAGCAGAAAUUCGAUGCGGCUGGGCCGGCGCAUAACGCACAUCAUAUCCAAACGCUAUGUGAUUGGCUUACGUUUAGACCAAUGAUUUUAAACUUCAGACAAGCCCCUCCCAUGAGAAGGAAAACGAUUGUCAAUUAUGCCCAGCCAGACUCUGUCUAUGAAGCGAAGCAAAAUAGCAGAGGAUGGUUCUACCAGGCUAGGAUUUGAUUUGAUUGGCCAUCACAUCAUUUUGACUGUGAAGAGCACUUUUAGACUGCUGAUUGAGGCAGCCAGAUAGAGGUGAUGUACAGUAUACAGUUAGGCCUAUAAGGAAGUUUUUUCAUGACUGUUAUUACACACUAUGAUGAUCUCAGUGGUGUGCACAGCCCUGCAUGAAAAAUGGUACACAUCUCAGUGUAUGUUAAGCAACAAUGCUGCAAAGCAACAUUUUCUUUUGUUUAGACAAGUGUUGGCAUUGUUUUUUUCACCUGGUUUACCAGUCCCUCCAGAAAAACGCGAUUGCAUGAUUCAACGCAUAAUCAGCCAAAGUCUUGGUUUACAGGAGACAUCUAAGGGGGUGGGACUUGGAAAAGUUGUGGGAGGUAUUGUGUAUAUGUUUAUGUUUUUUUCAUUCCAGCCUGCAUGAAAGAAGCAGUUUGAGCAUUAUAAACAAAGAUGUUUGAAAGGACCAGUCAGUCAACCAGGUUAACUUGGGCUGUAACAGCCUGAAGCAAUGAUGUAUCAUUUGGUUUUGAUGAAUCUCUUUCUAAUGUUCACUCGGCUGAAGGAAGUGACAGAAGCCUCUCUGACAAAACCCAGCCUUCCAGAAUCCACGGCUCCAGGAGACAUCAUCAUCGGAGGGCUUUUUCCCAUCCAUGAGGCGGUGGAGGACAACACGAACUUAUACAGCAUCUCACCACCCCAGCGUUCUAACUGCAGCGGAUUUAGCAAAAGAGGUCUAACUCAGCCCUUAGCUAUGAUUCAUGCUGUGGAAGUUGCCAACAGAUCCCCUAUGCUGAGUAAUUUGAACAUUACUCUAGGGUACCGCAUUCAAGACACAUGUUCUGAUGUUACCACUACACUUUGGGCCGUCCAGGAUUUUACACGGUCAUCCUCAGCCUGUGAUGUAGCGCCAAACUCUUCUCAAGGUGACAAACCCACCAUGGCUAUAAUUGGGACCUCUUCCUCUGAAAUCUCCAUUGCUGUUGCCAGGGAACUUAACCUUCUACUAAUUCCACAGAUUAGUUACGCAUCGACGGCCAUCAUUCUGAGCGACAAAAGUCGUUUUCCUGCUUUCAUGAGGACUGUCCCCAGUGACGAGCACCAGACCAGAGCCAUGGUCAAACUGUUGAAGGACAGGAAAUGGAACUGGGUUGGAAUUAUUACUACAGACGGAGACUACGGGCGUUCUGCUAUGGAAAGCUUUGUUGACCAGGCCGCACAGGAGGGAAUUUGCGUUGCCUUUAAGGAAAUCCUCCCGAGCUCGCUUGCGGAUAAACAAAAACUUAACACCUUGAUCAACCAGAUUGUGAACACCAUUUUAAAUAACCCUAAAGUUAAAGUGGUGGUCUCCUUUGCUAAAUCUGCUCAAAUGAAAGACUUAUUCAAGGGUUUGUAUGGUAAAGUUUCUUUUAGGAGGGUGUGGGUGGCCAGCGAUAGUUGGUCGAUGUCUACAGAUAUUCUUGAAGAAGUGAAUCUCACAGAUAUCGGAGAUGUACUUGGGUUUACCUUCAAGAGUAGGAAUGCUACAUCGUUCAAACAGUUCCUUAAGGAUUUACAGUUUGAGGAUGAAAAAAAUCUGAAUUCAUUUCUGAAGAAGUUUUUAGAAAUUCCGGAUGUAGGAAAUAUUACAGUGGCGGUACAGAAACUCCUAGAAAAUACUAAUCCGGAGAUAGUCUUUAGCAUUCAGCUGGCUGUCAGUAGUGUUGCAAAAGCUGUGGCUGAACUAUGUGGGAAACGCCAAUGCAAGAAUGCAACAGAUAUCUAUCCCUGGCAGCUCCUUGAACAGAUGAAAAACAUCACCAUUGAGAUGGAGGGGGCAAAUUACAAUUUCAGUACAAGCGGCGACAUUGAUUUGGGAUAUAAUGUCAUCUUAUGGCAAGAAAAUGAAUUGAAGAAAACUGUCAAAAUAGCUGAAUACGAUAUAAUCACUGGCAAUUUCACCUAUAUACGCCAGAAUCUAAGUGUUUUUGAGAAUGUGAUAUCAAAAUGCUCAAGCAGCUGUCAGCCAGGAGAGUUUAAGAAAACAGCCGAAGGUCAGCACACUUGCUGUUACGAAUGCAUCAAUUGCUCCGAAAACUAUUACUCCAACAACACAGAUAUGGUCCAGUGCUACUCAUGUGAAACAGAUGAGUGGUCAAACUCUGGAAGCUCCGAAUGUUACCCCAAGACUUAUGUGUACUUUGAGUGGAAUAAUGGGUUAGCUAUAGUGCUCUUGACCUUGGCUGCUUUGGGCGUCCUCUUCCUCUUCUUGAUCUCUGCACUCUUCAUCUAUCAGAGGAACUCUCCUGUGGUAAAGGCAGCAGGUGGACCUCUCUGUCAUCUAAUCCUUGUUUCCCUACUGGGAAGUUUCGUCAGCGUUGUCUUCUUCGUGGGUGAACCGUGCCACAUUACGUGUAUGGUGAGGCAGGUGGUCUUCGGCCUGAGUUUCACGCUGUGCGUCUCAUGCAUCCUGGUCAAGUCUUUGAAGAUCCUUCUGGCUUUUCAGAUGAACUUGGAGUUAAGGGAGCAUCUGACCAGGCUUUACAAGCCGUACGUGAUUAUCUGCAUCUGCACGGGGGUGCAGGUCAUCAUUUGCACCGUUUGGCUGAUCUUGCACCGCCCUUAUAAAGACAGGGUGUCUAACCCCAAAGUCAUUCUGAUAAAGUGUAACGAGGGCUCAAACGUGGCAUUUGGGGUCAUGCUGGCAUACAUCAUUUUAUUGGCGCUAGUGUGUUUCAGUUUCGCUUACAAAGGCAGGAAACUUCCGCAGAAAUACAACGAAGCAAAGUUCAUUACGUUCGGUAUGCUCAUUUAUCUCAUGGCCUGUGUUAUUUUUAUACCUGUGCAUGUUACCACAAGUGGCAAAUACUUACCAGCUGUGGAGAUGGUGGUUAUUCUUAUAUCCAACUAUGGAAUAUUAAGCUGCCACUUCUUGCCGAAAUGUUACAUAAUCCUUUUUAAAAAAGAGCACAAUACCAGAGAUGCUUUUCUGAAAAAUGUAUACGAAUAUGCCAGCAGAAGUGCUGAAAACAUCAGGGGUUUAAGGGAAUCAGUCUAUAUUAUAUCUAAUCCCCAACUUGUAGCUCCUGAGAAUGCACCUAAUGUUUCUGCACAAAAAUAAAAACAAACAGUGACUUAAAUGUAAACAAUUCCAGGAAUUAAAAGAUCAGCAGUCCACCAUCAGAUUUAAGAUAUGAGAUAAUGGCAUCUUUAGAUCAAGAAAAGACUAUCAAUUCACGAUGAUGUUUAAUCUGAAUAAAGAACUUUAGAAAGCAAACAAAAAAAAAUUCUGUUUGUUUAUACUGUAUAUAAUAACUGUAUUUAUAACUGUUUUAGUAUAGCUAAAUAAAUGUUUAAAAACACUGAAUCACAACCUGUCAUAUUUCCAUAUUUCCAUCUUUUAAUGUCAUUAAACUAGAAACCGUGUUGUUAUUUGGAGCUGUUUUAAUUUAAAUAAUUUAGAUAAGUCUCACCCUGUA